AGAUCAAGUGACACAUGACACGUUACCUGUAGACGUUAGGGCAAUUCGGAUGGUCUGUAUUUCUUUUUAUUAAUUGGACAAAGUAAAAUGUAAUUUUUUUAUCAGCAAGACUAUGGUAAACUUAUAAUUAAACGGUUAUUAUACUGUAGUUUUUCCUGAUUAAACCGUGGAAGACGUGAAAAGCAUAGGACAAUCAUUGCAACUGCGCGCUGAUUGGAAAGUUGGCUAUCGCAGCAGGUGCAGCCACCAAACCGAUGAUCGCCACACCUCCUCACUCCCCUCGUCUCCCAGGCUCCCCGUCAAAUCUGGGAGGACACUGCGUCCCCUGUCCGGCCCCCCCACCCUCCUCCCCUUGCCCCUCCCCUCCCUCCUCUCCCUCCUCUGGAGGGGUCACACUACGUCGGACCCCCCCCUCCUCCUGUCUUACACACACUCUGGACCACCUCCGCAGGCACAGCUGGCAGCCUGGAGCAAUGAUGUAUGGCUGCCCCCCACAGUACCAGCAACGCAGUGUGAGUCUGGAGGGUUUUGACCCAGAAGAGAUGGAGCGGGUGCUCCUUGGAGCCCUGGAGGGGUCCAGCAGAGGGGGGCGGGACCCUCGCCGAGCCCCCAUCACCUCCUUUGGCCAAGAACUGGGCUCCCUGCUGUCACUCACGGAGGAGGAGGUGGGCUGCCAGACCCCGGUCUUCUCCCCAUUGGAGGAGCAGUCGUCUCAGCUGCAGGGCUUCAGUGCCUCCGCUCCCUCCCUGUGUGCCAGUCCCAGUCUGCGCCAGAUACCCAAUGCCAACCUCCACCCUCCAACCCACACAAACACUGAUACACACUCUCCGACACCUUACACAUACCCCUACACACACUCACAAAACCACCAGCAUCAUCGUCAUCAACCUUGCCAUCGCUCCUACUCAAACUCCAAUUCCAUCUCCCAAUGCCACUACCAAGAGUCUUCCCUGGGCUCUGUAUUUGGGGGUUCCACACAGAGUGUGGAUGCGGAGCUUGGUGAGCUGUGGGGGCAAGAAGAGAGGCAGCGGCUGUGCGAAGAGAGAGAGAGGCGGAGGGAGGAGAGAAGGACGGAGGGACUGAGGGGUGCUCCCCCCGGGGAGGAGAGGGGGGAGAAGACGGGAAGCCCUCUGGGACGCACCUUCAGCUUCCUGCGCAAGAUGGCUAGCCAACGCAAGAACAAAGAGAAGGAGCGGAUGAAGGAGAGGGAGAAGGAGGCGCGGGAGCGGGAGGCGCGCUACAGCAACGGCCACCUCUUCACUUCCCUCACCGUGUCUGCCACCACCCUCUGUUCCGCCUGCAACAAGAGCAUCACCGCUAAAGAGGCCCUCAGCUGCCCCACCUGCAAUGUCACCAUCCACAACCGCUGUCGAGACACACUGGCCAACUGUGCCAAGAUGAAACAGAAGCAACAGAAGCUAGCCCUGGUGAGGAACAACUCCGCGCUGCAGAACGUAGCUCUAAGGACCAAAACCCCUAUGAUGAAGGAGCGGCCCAGCUCAGCCAUCUACCCGUCCGACAGUCUCCGUCAGUCCCUGCUGGGCUCCCGCCGUGUCCGCUCUGGCCUCUCCCUCUCCAAGAGUGUCUCCACACAAAACCUCGCAGGGAAUCUGAAUGACGACUCACCGUUGGGGCUGCGGAGGAUCCUGUCUCAGUCCACAGACUCCCUGAACUUCAGAAACAGAGCCAUGUCAAUGGAGUCCCUCAACGACGAGGGGGAGGUGUACUAUGCUGCCAUGUUGGAGGAGCUGGAGAGGGAGGGGAAGGACUUUGAGGCUGACUCGUGGAGCCGGGCCGUAGACCCCUCCUACCUGCAGACGCACCGCAAAGACGUCAUCAAGAGACAGGACGUCAUCUAUGAGCUGAUCCAGACAGAGUUCCACCACGUGAGAACCCUGCGGAUCAUGGAGGGGGUGUUCCGGCAGGGCAUGCUGGACGAGGUACUGCUGGAGCCGGGCGUGGCGCACGCUGUCUUCCCCUGUCUGGAGCAGCUGAUGGCGCUACACACGCACUUCCUUUCCCAGCUUAUGACACGACGCACACACAGCCUGGCCCCCGGUAGCGGUACCAACUUCACUAUCAACCAACUGGGGGAUAUACUGACUGAACAGUUCUCAGGUCAGUGUGCAGAUGAGAUGAGGAAAGCCUAUGCUGAGUUUUGCAGCCGCCACCCCAAAGCUGUGAAACUGUACAAGGAACUGCUGGCCAGAGACAAGAGGUUUCAGCACUUCAUACGGAGGGUAAGCCGGGGGCCCCUGCUGCGUCGCCAUGGCAUCCAGGAGUGCAUCCUGCUGGUGACUCAACGCAUCACCAAAUACCCUGUCCUCAUCCAACGCAUCCUGGACAACACCAAGGGCAGUGAAGAGGAAGCCCAGUCCCUAGCCCAGUCCCUGUCUCUGAUCCGGGACUUGUUGAGCUCUGUGGACCAGCAGGUGGCAGAGCUGGAGCGGACCCAGAGGCUCCAGGAGAUCAGGGCCAGAUUGGACCCCCGGGCCCAGGCGGAGGUCAGGGGAGGAGGGGUGUUCAGGGGAGGGGAGCUGCUCCGCAGGACUCUCCUCCACGAGGGCACGCUGCUGUGGAAGACGCAAGGAUCCAGACUCAAAGACGUGCAGGUCCUGCUGAUGACAGACAUUCUGGUGUUCAUGCAAGAGAAAGACCAGAAGUAUUUCUUCCCAUGCAUAGACAAGCCUGCAGUGUUGUCUCUGAAGAACCUGAUCGUGAGGGACAUAGCCAAUCAGGAGCGAGGGAUGUUUCUGAUCAGUGACUCCACCCCCCCAGAGAUGUACGAGCUGCAUGGCGCCUCACGAGACGACAGGAACAACUGGAUGAGACUCAUACAGCAGACAGUCAGCAGCUGUCCGUCCAGAGAGGACUUCCCCCUUAUAGAGACAGAGGACAAGGCCUUACUACGCCGACUCAGAGCUGACAUCCAGCAGAAGGACAGGGAGGUGCUGGAGCUCCUCCAGGAGAGAGUGACUCUGUUCUCUGACCUGGCUGAGGUCACCGGUGGGGGUCAGGAGGUCACGCCCCCCACCAACUCUAGGAACAUCUUCCGGGCCGACACCCCCUACGCACCCCAGGCGGAAUACCUACUCACCGACGCCAUCUCAGAGGUUGACAGGCUGAGUGAGUUGCUGCUGGGCUCCAACAUAGAGCUUCCCAAGUCCAACGGUAGCACCAACGGUACCAAUGAUGACCAGAACCACAAAGGGGCGCCAGUGAGCAAUGGAGAUUCGAUCUCCGUCAACGGGACUCAUGAAAUGAAAGGAAGUCCAGCGUCCAAGGACAGAAAUGGUAACCAGCUACAGGACAGACCCCUAAAUGAGGAGGUGUGUCAGAGGCUUGUGAACCUCAGUGCUCAUCUCCACUCUCUACAGGCCGCCGUCAUUCACCAAGACUCUGUCCUCGAGCUCCGCCUCCAUGAGGGCACUGGCCCUGCCUCCUCAGGUUCCUCCACUCCCACCCCCACCCCCACUCCUCCAAACUCCUUCCCCAGGCUGUGCCGUUCCAUGUCACGUGACACAGGUCUGGAUGCGGGCAUGGUGGCAGCCAUGGGGGAGAUGGCCAUGCUCCAGAAGCAGCAUGAUCUGCUGCAGGAGGAGGUGGUGAGGCUGCGCCCCCUGGAGGCCAGGCUGAGGGACAGCGAGAGGACCAGGGCUCAGCUGGAGCAGCAGAUCAGGGACAAUAAGGGCAGGAGGGGAAGGAGGGGCAGGAGAGGCAGCAGAGUCAGCAACGAAGACAUUGUGGUGGAUGUUACAGCCUUAGAGCAGGCUCCUGCUAAAAGAAGAGGAAGUGGUGAUGGCGAGCCCAGCCCUGUCGCGCCAUUGGCCUGUCAGGAACCAGUGGACCAAUUGGACGGCGUACAGGAAGGCAGUGAGGAGGAGGAGUCGGAGGAAGAGGAUGAGGCGGAUGUAGUGAAGGUUUCACCACGCUCUGACAGUCCAAGAGAUCUCCAGGAUAUCCCGGAGGAGAGCGAGUGCGGACCGGAAGCUCAGGAAUCCAAAGGCUGAUUCCGAGUUAACAUUGACCUCAAACUGGAUACGCAAACCAGAAAACAGGACUUGAGAGCUGGACCAACAUAUUCUCAACCUCCAACCAACCAGACCUGAUAGAACUUAUCUUCAGUGAUUCCAUCUAUUUGUCUUUCUUUGGCAUAGAAAGCCUACCCAGGAAUUGUGUAUUGUAUCAUGGUAUAGGUUAGUUCGGAGAUGUUAUAUGUUUUUCUAAUGUUAUGUUAAAAGCUUCAUCCUCGGGAUUGAACCCAUUUUUCCAAUCCCACUCUUCGUUUCUUCUUUCCCUUUUCAAAACAAGGAUGACUAAUAACAGAGAGGGAUUGGGGGUGAAGAGGAGGAGUUGUUCGUAACAACAAUGGAAUUCUAAUGGUGGACUGUUGAUCUAUAGGUGUCUGCUGAUACCAGUUGGAACUAUUCUGUACUGUAACUGCCUGUCAUUGUUGUACAUUUAGUGUCACCUCUCUACAGACCUGGUUUGUCUGUGGUGGUGGAGCUGACUGAUUUGAAACUGAACUUAGACCAGUAAAGGAGGGCGGGACAGGAAAAGGGGGAGGGCGGGACAGAAAAGGGGGAGGGCGGGACAGAAAAGGAGGGUGUACAUAUGCUCUAUAUCAUUGUUUAAAAAAUGUGUGGGUAUUAAUCAACUCUCACCCUCACUCCUUGAACACAAACACUUGAAAACUAUUGUGCUUUUCAUAAACCAAAUUGUUUCUUUUUUCUAGGAAGACAUCAGUAGUGAGCCACCAUGAGGGGUUUUAUACUGAAUAUUUUAUAAAAAUGGGGAGGGGAGGUUGCAAUGAACUGUUCUGACUUUUGGAGGAUACACACAGAAGAACCACACUGAACCAAAAAACAACAUAAUUGACAUAUUAAUUAGGAUAAAGAAUUGCAUCCUUAGAAUAAGGAUUGACUAAUCUGACUUGACUGUACCUGGGAUAUUUUCACCUCUAUUAUAAUCUUCAGUUGUAUGUUUCAUACAUGAACUACUAAAUUGAACUACUAAAACGUGGUUUACACUGUACUUAAUCGUGAGUUCAGAUUUGCCGGUGGAAUUGACUUUGAUCGUCUCUAAUGUAUUUCACCCAUAUGGUUUUUAGGAUGAUAAACUGUUGCUACCAGCCAACUCCACCAGCAACAUUGACACCAACCAAAACCUCCUUUAACAAAAAGUGCAACAUUUUUCUGACUGUCUUUGAGCUCACCCCUUAACCAUGAAGCGACUGUAUUAUGUAGGAAUGUAAAUUAUUUGACUGGAUUCAAAGGGUGUUUCCUUGUUUGAACUACAUUAAAAAAAAACGUUUUUUUCUUCUUUAUAUGUUACAUAUAUUCUAUAAGAAGUAUUUGUAUAAAUAUUUGAUCUGUUCUGAAAAAAGAAAAUGACUUUUUAACGUUAAUAUUGUAAUUUUGUCUUUUUAUUAUUUUUAUUUGACUUACAAUUAUUUUAAUUUUGUGUGCUGUUUAUAAAUCUUACAGAAAUCUA